UAAACAGUGAUACUGGAGGGAAAAGGGGAUGCCUCCUUCCCCAAUUUGGGCAAGGGACCCCCUGGUCCCGAGCCAUUUGAGGCCACCUCAGAGGUGACCGUUUGGUUUCAGCAGCCUCCUCUGGGAAGUGAUCAGGAGCCUCUCCUGAGCAUUAAACGACCCAUUAGGACUGUUUUUGGGCAUCUCCCCCCACCACAGGAGGAAGUGCCAAUUCGUACUUUGUCCCGGGAAAUUGUUAAAGUCUUUUUGUCUCUUACUGUGGUUGUGGUUUUGCUGUUCUCUCUUUUCUUUGGUUUUUAUCUUCGACUUUCUCACUCUACUAUGGGGAAUACCCCGUCUUCACCCCUAGACUUAACUCUUGCUCACUGGCAGGAUGUUCAAGAGACUGCCAGCAACAACAGUGUGAUUGUCAAGAAGCGAAAUUGGGUCAAUUUUUGUUCAGCUGAAUGGCCCACUUUCAACGUCGGGUGGCCAGCAGGUGGAACCUUCGAUGCAGCGACCAUCCAAAGAGUGGAGGAAAUUGUUUUCCGCCUCCACUCUGGCCACCCUGACCAAGUCCCCUAUAUUGUUACCUGGAGGGGCCUGAUAGACAGGGAGUGGGGACCCCUUCCCUGGGUCAAACCAUUCUUACCCCCACAACAGGUUCCAGGCACUCAGGUCCUGGCCACCAAGCCCAAGAGCUCCCAAGCGGGUCAAGAAAUGGAGAGGAAGCCCACUGCUGUGUUUCAGGGGGGGACCCCUGAAGCAGAACUCUUUCUGCCUCCCUAUUCUUCCCCUCCCCAGGUCCAUCCUAAGGUGCCUACGGAGGAAGCCCAGGAGCCUCAGCCAUCGAGAGCCAAGGAAGGGGGGCCGGUACAGUCCACCCGCAGUAGAAGGGGGGGAACCCCCCAGCCAGACACAACAGUGGCACUUCCCCUUAGGUCUGCUGGGCCCCCGGACAAGGCAGGGAACCAACCCUUUCACUAUUGGCCCUUUGCCACUAGUGACCUAUAUAAGUGGAAGGCUCAAAAUACACCGUUCUCUAGGGACCCCCAAGACUUAAUUAACCUUUUGGAGACAGUUCUCUUUACUCACCAGCCCAUGUGGGAUGAUGUGACUCAACUAUUGGGGGUCCUCUUCACCACGGAGGAGAGAAACCGGAUUCUGGAGAAUGCCCGGAAGCUAGUUCCAGGACCCACGGAUCCUGCCCUGGCAGUGGCUGCUUUUCCAUCCACUCGCCCUAACUGGGACUAUAAUAUGGUGGAAGGUAAGGGGAGUCUCCAUGUUUACCGCCAGGCUCUGUUGGCAGGUCUCAAGGCUGCUGCCCGCGAGCCUACUAAUAUGGCAAAAGUUUACGAAGUAAGGCAGGGGAAUAGAGAAAGCCCAGCUGCAUAUUUAGAGAGGUUGAUGGGGGCUUUCAAGCAAUACUCCCCGUACAACCCAGAGUCUGAGGAAGCCCAACAAGCAGUUAUUCUAGCCUAUGUGAACCAGGCAGCACCAGAUAUUAGAAAAAAGCUACAGUCACUAGAAAGACUAAGGGAGAGGAAUCUGAGGGACUUAGUGGCAGUGGCAGAGAAGGUUUAUAACAAAAGAGAGACAGAGGAACAAAAGGAAGAGAGAAGGGAAAGAGAACGUCAAGAGAGAGAGGACAGGAGAGAUAGGAGGCAAGAGAAGAGCCUGACCAAGAUACUGGAACAGCAACAGACACAGAUGGAGAGAGUGCUCUUGGCUGCAGAAGCAGGAAGCCAUGAGAAGGGAAAAAGGCCUCAACCUAAGCUAGGAAAGAACCAGUGUGCGUACUGUAAGGAAGAAGGACACUGGGCUAGAGAAUGCCCUAAAAAUAAGAGCAAGAGAGAAACGUCAGUGGGACUAGGAAGGAAGCCAACCUCCAUCCUUGCCGCCCUGGAGAAAGACAGUGAUUAGGGAGGACUGGCCUCGGCCCCCCUCCCCGAGCCUAGGGCAACUUUAAGAGUGGAGGGGAAACCUGUCCACUUCAUGGUGGACACAAGAGUGGAAAGUUCAGUCCUCUUGACAUCCGGGGGACCCCUGCCAAGAAAACAAACCUGGGUACAGGGAGCAACAGGCACUAAACCUUAUCAAUGGACUACCCGAAGAACAGUGGACUUGGGAGUGGGACGGGUAACCCACUCAUUCCUAGUCAUUCCUGAGCACCCAUACCCCCUGUUGGGACGUGAUCUGUUUGCUAAAAUGAAGGCACAGGUCCGUUUCACUGAUAAGGGUGCUCACUCAAACACCCUGAUGGGAGGCUUAUUGGAGUGUUUUUGACAAUGCCUUUGGAGGAAGAGUACCAUCUCCAUGAAUAAGAGCGGUCCUCCAUCAAAUGUGCAGACAUGCAAAUCUGGCUUCAACAAUUCCCCACCACAUGGCCUGAGACAGGGGAAUGGGGUUGGCCAAACACAGACCCCCAGUCUAUGUGGAACUUAAGACCAACGUGGACCCAGUGAAGGUCCGCCAGUACCCCAUGACCCUGGAAGCCAAAAAGGGAAUCACCCCCCAUGUGAGACGACUCCUACAAGAGGGAGUCUUGCGGCCCAUUCAGUCUGCAUGGAACACACCCCUCCUGCCAGUUAAAAAGCCACAGAUGAAUGACUACCGCUCUGUCCAAGACCUUCGAGAAGUUAACAAAAGGGUAAUGGACAUUCACCCCACUGUGCCCAAUCUUUAUACUUUACUAAGUUUGUUCCCUCCAGGUAAAGAAUGGUAUACUGUUCUAGAUUUAAAAGAUGCUUUCUUUAGUCUCCCACUUGCACCGAACAGCCAAGGUUAUUUCACCUUUGAGUGACAUGACCCAGACAUUGGAAUAAGCGGGCAACUGACUUGGACGAGACUGCCACAGGAUUCAAGAAUUCGCCCACUAUAUUUGAUGAGGCUCUCCAUGAGGAUCUGGGUGACUACCACACCCCCAUGUCUCUCUUCU